AUGCGCGGUGUCACCGCUCUCUGCACGCUGGGGACGGCGCUUCUGUGCUCCCUGUCCACCCUGUCCACCCCCGUCAGCGCCAUCCAGCUCCUCGCCAGGGACGCCCGGAACGUCGUCGGGUUCGAUUUCCAGCGCAGACACGUCGCCAACCCGGUCGAGAGGGACAGGCUGAGGAAAAGGAAAGGCAAUGUAGUUGAGCAGCUGCUGAACAAUGAGGUGACGCUAUAUUUCUGUAACAUAACGCUGGGCACUCCGGAGCAGCCCCUGCGCAUGCACCUCGACACCGGCAGCAGUGACCUCUGGAGUAACGCUCCCGACUCGACGUUGUGUACCCAGAAUGGAGAUCCCUGCGGCGCCGGAGGAACCUAUGACCGCACUGCCUCGUCGACCUAUGAGUUCGUCAAUUCCCUGUUCAAUAUCUCCUACGUUGACGGCUCCAGCGCCAGUGGCGAUUACGUGACGGAUACAAUGCGGAUUGGGGGGGUGUCGUUGAAAGACUUCCAGUUCGGGGUGGGGCAUACGUCCUCUUCGUCGGAGGGUGUCCUCGGUAUUGGAUACCCUACGAACGAAGCCCUGAUGGCCAAGUCGGGCCAAAAGCCCUACGCAAACCUCCCCUUCGCCCUCGUGAAGCAAGGCUUGAUCAACUGGCCGGCCUAUAGCAUCUGGCUUAACGACCUCGACGCUAGCACCGGCAGCAUCCUCUUCGGCGGCGUCAACACCGAGAAGUUCCACGGCAAGCUCCAAACCCUCCCCAUCCAGCAAAGGGAAGGCGGCAUCUACGUAGACCUCGUUGUCGCCCUCACCGGCCUAACCCUGACAACCGGCGGUGUCACCCAAAGACUUGCUGCAGGCGCCGUCCCCAUCCUACUUGACACCGGCAGCAGCCUCAGCUACCUCCCCGACCCGCUCGUCGAUACCAUCUACACCGCCAUCCAGGCCAUAUACGACCAGCCCAGCGGCGCCGCUUUCGUGCCCUGCCGCUACCGAGACGCGAGCGCCUCCUUCACCUUCCAAUUCGGCAGCAGCCGCAACGCCAGCAUCACCGUCGGCAUGGACGAGCUCGUCCUCGACCUCGCCUCCAUCACCUCCAGCCCCGACCCCAACAGCAAGCCUCCCAACAUCAAACCAACCUUCUCCAACGGCGAGCCCGCCUGCCUCUUCGGCAUCUCCCCCGCCGGCGACAGCACCCCGAUCCUCGGCGACACCUUCCUGCGCAGCGCCUACGUCGUCUACGACCUCGGCAACAAUCAGAUCUCCCUCGCGCAGACCAAUUUCAACGCCUCCGCGGACCACAUCCUGGAAAUCGGCGACGGCGCCGCGGCUGUACCGUCCGCGACCGGCUCGCCGCCCGCGACUUCGACGGCCGGCGCGGGACCCACGGCGCGCCCUUUGCAGGUGGGCCGCGUGGGCGCGUGGGCGGGGUUGGUGGGGUUUGGGGCCGGCGCGGCGGUGUUGGGGGUCGUGUAA